ACCUCCUGCUAUCGGACCUAUCGUUCUUCGAUAACAAGAAAAAAGAAAAAUAAAACGCAGGAGGAAAAUACUGGAUUCCGCAGCCGGAGGCCUUGAAAUGAGUUAAUCCGCCCAGCAGGAGGACCCCAAUCCGAUAACCGAGAUGACGGAACAAGAGGAUUUGGCCAGUGGCGGAGGCAGUGCAUCCACGGCGUCCGGGAACAAUUGCCAGAACCAGCUGCAGCAAUGCGUGCGUGGAAAUGUCACCUGGGAAUUGUUGCCCGUGCACCUGCGUUCCGUUCUGCACAACAAUCAGCGCGACUACGAGAAGUUCGUCUUUAACUACAGUUUGAAGAACCAGCUAAGAUUCCGGGGCAACCUGGCCGCCAAGGUGUUUCGCCGGGAGCAACGAUACUACGAGCUGUUGGUCCAGAAGAGCAUCAAUGGCUUGGGUGCAUUUCCGUACCACCUGGCCGACAUCGUCACCAAGGGCCUGAGGGUCACGCCCUUUAACUAUUAUCUGGAUGUACUGGGCCAGCUUCUCCGAAGCGAUAAAAGCUAUGACACAUUGCCCAACUUCACGGCAGCCGACUGCUUGCGCGUUCUGGGCAUUGGUCGCAACGAGUACCUGGCCCUCAUCAGCGAUCUAAAGACCCACACGCCACGCUCUUUGAUCUUCGGCUCGCGGCCCAAUCCGCUGGACUUCCUGCCGCGCUUUCCCGUGCGCAUCCACAUCGAGCCCUGGUGGCGAUUGGACAUUGGCUAUGUCCUGGAAGCGGACAUCCGGUAUCUAACGCCCGCCGAGAGGGGCCUGCUGGAUGACCUCAUUGAUUUUGGAGCCCAGCCGGCUGGCAAAUGCGACCACGAGGUGGUGCACAGCCUGUACAGGAAGGGUCUGAUCUAUUUGGAUGUACCCAUCAGCGGGGAGGACAGGAUAUCCAUUCCACCGCUGCGCAACUUCGUGAUGAACCGCGUGAGUGGGGAUUACUUCGAGAAUCUGCUGUACAAGAUCUUUGUCAGCGCGGACGAACACAUGACCAUUUCCGAGCUGGCGCACAUGCUGCAACUGGAACUGGACAGCGUUAAGCAGGCCAUUUCCUUCAUCUGCCGGCUAGGAUUCGCCCAUCGGAAGCAAGAUCAUUUGAAUCAGUCAAAUCAUUCCAGCUGGGAGGGAUACAACCAGGAGCAGAUGCCCGAAACGCCACAGAUAACGCCGUUGAAUUACAACCUACAUGCUAGUAGCAGCUUCGAAUUAGACCAGAGCCCCAAGUCUCCGAAAACGCCCAAGGACAAGGAUAAGGACAGCAGUUCGAUAGGCUAUCUGUCCUCGGAUGGCAACACCAGUGACUUUAGCUUUGCCAAUCUGAAUACCACACCCCAGGAAAGGAUGAACAACAGCGAUGAACAGGAGCUGAGCUCCGAGCUGGAAACAGAAGAUCUGACCACCACAAAGCAGGCUGCUACAUUGGCUCCGAUUGUAGCAACUGCUCUGCCAAAGAGCGGUAAGAGAGUGGGCUUCCUCUUCGACUCCACGCUCACCGCCUUCCUUAUGAUGGGUAACCUUUCACCGGGCUUGAAAAACCAUGCGGUGACCAUGUUCGAGGUGGGCAAGUUAUGCGAGGAAAGCUUGGACAGCUUUCUGGCCGAACUGGAGCAAGUUUCGCUGCUGGAUGCCGAGGGCGAAGGCGACGUCUCGCGCUACUUUGCACAUGCCGUCAUUCUCCGCUCCACCAUUUGCUCACUUCGGCAUUUGCUGCCAGGUGGCCUGGAUCUGCUGCGACUCGAGUGUCUGGAGGGUUUGGACAGGCAGACAAGAGAUCGCGUUCUGGAGAAGAAGUACAAGUUCAUCAUAGCCGCCUCGCCGUUGACGGCAGCACUAAGUCACACAUUUAGCAUUCCCUACUUUGGCCAAUUCCUGCGUAGCUCCGAUGUGGCGCCCAUGUGGAGCAAGCUAUUCUACAAUCAUAUCACAGGCUAUGGACCUCCGAGUUUGCUUCUUUGCCGGGGAACUGUUCUGAAAACCUUGCCACGUUUAUUCCUGGGCUACGGCAAACUGCUGGUGAACAUCUUGCACUCCGACUCGUACGUGCUGAACUCUGAGAAUUUCCGCAACCUGAACGAUCAGCUCAAAAACGGUUGUGUGCUGCUCCAGGGCUAUGGAAUCCGCACAGUCGGAGAGCUUCACUACGAAUCAUUUCCGUUCCAGCCUACGGACACACGCCAAGCUAAGUGGGCUGCCCAUCGAGCCGUCCGCAAGCUGGCCAACCUUUUGGACCUACGCCAGCAGUGCGGCUAUAUUACAUUCCUGAAUACUGGAGUGCCGGAUCUCGGCUGCGAAGAUUACGAGCUGCAGGUACGAUUAAAGCCGGCUCAGCGCCAGAAACGCUCAUCGAUCGCAGCGCCCAGCAAACCGAACCAUGUGCCAAGUAACGAGGUGACCAGCUUUCAACUCAAGAGCCCCGAUGAGAACCACUUUGCGACCACGCCGGAACAUGGUCCUGCGAACGAGUUUACCUCUCCGGAUUGUAGCCAAGUGCUGGCCAGCGAACUGGCCAAGUGCAGCAGUCGAGCCGAUCUGGUGUCGCAGAGUUCGGUGGAGAUACCGAUGGCACUGGAGGAGAUUUCUCCCUCGGUGGAGGAAGAGGAGGAUGCCACUGAGGAGUGGACCCUGCUGGACGUUAGUUUUGGCGUACCACUCUUCGAUGUGGACACCAACACAAGGAUUUGCGAGCAGCUGGUCCAAGGACUAUGCAGUGACGCGAAUCUGGAGGCAUUGCCCGCGGCCGCCAGCCAGGCGCAGAUUCUUUUCCUAGACUUUGUGCGGCAGUGCCUGUACUUCGAAGAUGAUCCUGCAAGGCAGUCAGUGCAGGCAGCCAGGCCACUUCCUCACCCAAGGAUCAAUCUGGCCUUCGAGAACGGGCACGUGGGCCAUUGGAACGGCCGCUAGAGAGCCCCCGCAUCGAUGCAUUCCCAGAGUAUUCCGUAUAUUCUUUACUUUCCCAGUUACUUAUCAGUUUGUAAACAGUAGGCGGACCGAUAUAUAAGCUAACAGAUCUAUAUUUAUAUAUACGUAUAUAUAACCGCUACCGCAUUCACGUAUGCUACCCAUCAGCCAAGUCAGCAUCGCAGUCUGAAAGUUUGCGUUCGUUUUUUGUUAGUUUUGUAAGCUCCCUGGGGAGACAGAAAGAUAAAGAUUGGCUUUGUGCCCUCCAAACAUAUACACAUGCAUAGCUAACAUACCGAUACAACUAUUAUUGUAUUUCUGAAUAAAUGCAAUUUUAAAACUUA